AUGGAGCACCCGGAGAUCCUCCAUCCCGACCUGGUUGAGCCAGUCCCUUCAGACGACCUCCUGGAGCGCCACUAUCCCAUCAGAACUACCUCCGAUUACGCGGAGAACUACGAGAACCAGAUCCAGACACCCACCGCUGCCGUCGCCUCCUCGCCGCCCCAAUCCCAUGGCCUCACUCCGUGGCCAAACGCCCCCAUCACCCGCCCCCGGGGCUCCAGCAUGGGCGCCCAGUCGGCUCUCGACAAAAUGCCCCCCGUCGAUGGCCACCCGCUGGCCGCCGAGCGAGAGAUGAGGCCGCAGCGUCCCUCGGGUCCCGCCAGAACACCUUCGAACACCUACGCGCCCCAGCGUCGACCUCCCCAAUAUCACUCCUUCCAAGACGAGCGGCAGCGGUCGUCAUCGGCGAAGCGGAAUUCGAGACGGGACGCUAAUACCCAGUACCGGGCCCAGGAGAAGGCGUAUGUGCAGCGCAUCCGGGCGAAUCCGCAGGCAUGGUACCAACGUUUCGACGAGGCGCAGAAUAUGAUGCCGAUAGACUCGGAUUUGGAGGAGCCGUCGCCGUCGUCGGAAGUCCCGUUCGAAGACGACGCGUACGACCCGGAUGUCCAACUCUUUAUUGCUCGUGAUAAUCAGCCGUCGAUCGAUGAAUUGAAGAACCCCAAGAACCAGGAACGAUUGGAAUGGCAUUCGAUGCUGGCGUCAGUUUUGAAGGGAGAUGUUGUUAAGCAGGAAAAACAACGGCUUCUGGGGUUGACGGAUAACAAGCGGUCUGCUGCUCAAAAUAGUGCUAUCUGGCUAGGUGUUAGAGCAAGGACCUGUGGGCGGAGUAUUGCUCUCCAGCGGAAGCUCAUUGAAGAGGCACGAGCGGGUCUUGGGCCUCUGAUCGAAGAUAUUAUUAAUUUCGAGAUCAAGGGAGAAAAGGAAAUUGGCAAACCGGCCGUCAAACAAGUCGAAGAUGUUGUCCAGCAGAUUGAGAAAAUGGAGAUGAUGUACUCCACUCAGAAAGAACUUGAGAUGGCCAACCCCCGGGUCGCUUCCGAGGAAUACUGCUCGAGCCGCGACGCCGUGUUUGCAUGGCACAACACUACAGCGCUCAUCAACACCGAGUUAGCCAUUUUGCAAAAGUGGGUCGGGAAUAACGAGCUCGAUUUUGUCAAGCCCAGAGUCAAGCAUGUCAAUAACGAUCUGGCCGAUGACUCGUCUUUCCUAGACCGCAUUAUGAAGGAAGACGGGCUCAAAACGCUUCAAGGGCGGCACAACAUGCUUCAUGGUAUUGGCGAAGUCAUUCAGAAAGCCAAAAGUACCUUGAUUGAGAACGCAAGUUCUUUUGCUAAACGCCAUCUGCCCCCGUAUAUUGAAGAACUACUCACCCUUAUCAACUUCCCUUCACGUCUCAUUCAGGAAAUUAUCCGAGUCCGACUGUCGUAUGCCAGGAAAAUGAAGGAUCCGGCUCAGCAGUCUCCGAUCCUGGUCGAUCAAAUGAUUUCGCAAUUUCAGAUAUUGAUGAAGGUUGCAACUGAUAUUAAACAGCGCUACUUGGAUAUCUCCAGGCCCGAACCGGGUUGGGAACUGCCUCCUUGUAUUGAUGAGAAUUUCGACACCGUUGUGCUGGAUGCUAUGAAAUACUACUUCCGGCUUCUCAACUGGAAGUUGAAUGCGAACAAGAAUACUUUCAAAGAAGCAGAAAUUCUCGAACAGGAUUGGGAGUUUUCGAACGAAGUUGGUCGUUUACUUGAGGGCGGAGAUAUCGAGGUAGCUGAACAAUUCAGUGCCCUGACUGCAAAAUCACUUCAACGCCUGAUGAUCCACUUCGAACGAGAAAUCACUGUCCGGGAAGACGAAGACCCACUUGACAUGGAUAAGCGUUACAAGAGUGUCUUGGAUUCGACGCGAAUUCGUCAGCGCAAGCUUUAUCGGUUCUCUCGAUUCUUACGCCAGCUUUUUGAAAACGCCACCGAAUACAAUGUGUCCUCUGACAUUGCGUAUGGCUUCUUCGAAGCUCUCCUCGCGUCGAACCACUUCCUGGUGAAGUCAGACUCCGGCCCUAAAGGCAUCUACAUGUUUGCCCACCACGCGCUAUGGGGCCGGCCAGUUGAUAUUCAAGCAAUCAUGGCCACCUCAUUCCGUGAAGAAGAUUCCACCAAGGACUCACCUGCUACCCCCUACAUCCUGGUGGUUCGUCCAGAGAAGCCGAUUACUUGGACUGGGCGGGAGAUGGAGGUGGAGAUGUUGGAGCAGCCAGCCGACGUGCGACUGGGCAAGCUCCGUCUCAUCGUCGAAGGGACGCAGCAACGCCUCUCCAACGCCAGGCUUGAAUUGGCGCAACUGACCGGAGUUCAGCUCGAUAUGGCUGUCGAGCAACGUGCUAACCUCGCACGUGUCAAUGUGGAACUGAACAAGAUCAAGAAGAUUUCAUUCAAGCUGUCCAUGUCCAUCAUGGAUAGUGUUGCCAUCAUUCGCCAGCAGCUCAAGGAGAAAGGCGUGGAGAACCAAGAGCUUAUCCAAGCCUGUUACGCUUUCGCAACGGAGUUCGGUAAACGAUCAUCGAACUACGUCGAUGCAAACAGGCAUGCGAUGAAUAGUGCUCGACUCGUGGAAUUGUCUCUUGACUGGGUCUCGUUCAUUUGUGAUGAUUGUGAUGCCGCUGACAGAAAAACGUUCAAGUGGGCUGUAGCUGCACUUGAGUUUGCGAUGGCAAUCACUUCGAGCAGGCAUCUCAUUUCCAUGGACGAUGUACAGUUUGGUCACCUUAGAUUGAAGGUAGCCGGUUGCAUGUCGCUCCUCAUUUCUCACUUUGAUAUCAUGGGCGCCCGAUCCUCUCUUGCCGCUCAGGCCGAAAAGAAGCGGAUAGAAGAGCGCGUUGGAAGAGGAAAGUUUGGUGGCGGUCGGAUUUUGACAGAUGACGAGGCCACCAAGUUGGUUCGUGAACAACGUCUGGCUCAUUUGACUGCUCUUGAAGACUCCCGUGUCGAAGAGGAUGCGAAGCGCCAAGCACUGGGAAGAGUUUUGGAGGGAUCUAAUGAAGCUGACCGGUCACUCACCGUGCUUUCUUCAUCAGCCACCAAUGUAACUCUGCGGUGGCAGCAGGGCCAGUUCAUCGGAGGCGGUACCUUCGGCUCAGUCUACGCUGCUAUUAACCUCGACAGCAACUACCUCAUGGCCGUCAAGGAGAUCCGUCUACAAGAUCCACAGCUCAUCCCCAAGAUCGCCCAACAGAUCCGCGACGAGAUGGGCGUCCUAGAAGUCCUGGACCAUCCCAACAUCGUCUCCUACCAUGGCAUCGAAGUCCACCGUGACAAAGUCUACAUGUUCAUGGAAUACUGUUCCGGCGGUUCCCUCGCCAGCCUCCUCGAACAUGGUCGCGUCGAAGACGAAACCGUCAUCAUGGUCUACGCUCUCCAACUCCUCGAAGGCCUAGCUUACCUCCACCAAGCCGGCAUUGUCCACCGCGACAUCAAGCCCGAAAACAUCCUCCUCGACCAUAACGGUAUCAUCAAAUAUGUCGACUUCGGCGCCGCCAAGAUUAUCGCCCGCCAGGGCAAAACCGCCGUACCCAUGGACGCUUUCAACGCCGCAGGCCACAAGGAAGCUCUCGUCCCGCGCAACGCACAGUACACGCACCAACGCAAGAAUCAGCAAACCAUGACCGGCACCCCCAUGUACAUGUCCCCCGAAGUCAUCCGCGGAGAUUCCUCGAAUUUCGUCCACCGCCAGGGUGCAGUGGACAUCUGGUCUCUGGGCUGCGUGAUUCUGGAAAUGGCCACGGGCCGCCGUCCCUGGUCCACAUUGGACAACGAAUGGGCCAUCAUGUACAACAUCGCGCAGGGCAACCAACCCACCUUGCCGUCGCGCGAUCAACUCAGUGACCCUGGCAUCGACUUCCUGCGACGCUGCUUCGAAUGCGAUCAGAUGAAACGGCCUACUGCUGCGGAGCUGUUGCAGCAUGAGUGGAUUGUCUCUAUUAGGCAGCAGGUUGUGCUUGAGCCGGCGACACCGGGGAGUGAGAAUGGGGGGAGUAUGAGCGGGAGUGCUAGUUCGGCAUCGGGGAGUCGGAAUAAUUCGUUUUAUAUGUAA